AUGGCAGAGGUUGGUUGUUCUCUUUCAAAUCCGUGUGCUUCUUCCCGCUGCUCUCUUCCGCCGGGCUCCGUGUUCAGCGUUCUCUUCGUCGUCCUCGCUCCAUGAGGAACAUCUUCGUCUCGCAGGAGGAAGGUGAGGACGAGCUGCGGCGGCUGCAAGAAUCUGUGGACGCCGAACCGCAGAACGCAUCUCAUCACUUCGAAAUAGUAUGCUCCUACUGCACCCUCGUCAUCUCGCUCCGUCCUCGUUCGUUCACUUUUUAUCAGAGGAACACGAUAUUUCAUUUUUCAUGCUGUUUUAUAUGUUUUUCAGGGUCGGCUUUUAUGGAAAAAAGGAGAAGAAGAGAAUUCAAGGGAGAUGAAGGAGAAAGCUGUGGAAUCUUUCGUAAUAUCGGCGAGGUUGAAUCCGAACAACAGUGCUGCGUUCCGGUAUUUGGGGCAUUACUACAGCCAGGUUACGGUGGACGAGCAGAGGGCAUCCAAGUGUUACUUGAGGGCCGUUAAUCUCAACCCCGAAGACUUCGAAUCAGGAGUGAGUGCCUUGGGCUAGGAGUUUGGUUUAAGACACUCGACAUCCGAAGUCUUUUAAUCUCGUUACGUCGUUUGCAAUAUUUGAUGCAGGAAUGUCUUUGCGAUUUGCUCGACGGAGCAGGGAAAGAAAGCUUAGAGAUUUCUGUUUGUAGAGAAGCUUCGGAGAGAUCACCAAAAGCCUUUUGGGCUUUUAGAAGAUUAGGAUAUUUGCUGGUCUGUCCUGUCAUCUAUCACUCUUGGUACAUACACCAUUUGCAUACUGUUAUUCUCUUACAUAAAGAUGAACUUUGCCUUCUUUAUGGCGCGCUUCAUUGCUCAUAAAAAUGUAGCAUACGUCUUAUUUUGCUCUCAUCCUAACGAUAAAGAAUCAAUUGAGUAAACUUUUUUUAAGUAGUACAGGUAAAGUUUGUUGUUUAACCAUAAAUCUCUGUUGACGAUUAAAGGUCCACCAAAAGAAAUGGUCAGAGGCUGUGCAGAGCCUCCAACAAGCAAUCAGAGGCUACCCCACUUGUGCAGAUCUUUGGGAGGUAUACUAGAGUUCCUUAUCUGACUGUUCGUUCAGAGAUUUUGUCAUUUAUGGUUGUGUCGAGGUUUGUUGUGUCGUGUGUUUUCAGGGUCUAGGAGUGGCAUACCAGCGGUUGGGUAUGUUUACCGCAGCCAUAAAGGUACUGGUUCGCGUUAUGGUCCUUAGGCUGUAUCAUUUUUAUUGUCAAACAUUGCUAUCUUGGAAUAUAUAUUUUGCCCAUCGGGUUGUUACGCCCUAAAAAUGAAUUUUUCAGAGAUUCUAACACGGCUUGCGAUUAUUCUUGUGGUUACUAACUUCAAUGUUUGAGAAAUUUAUUCAGAAAGGGAAAAUAAAUCCUUUUACCCAUGUAGAAAACAAGGUUCAGCCUUAAACAUUUGUGGAAAAAUAUUUUCCUUGCACGGUGCUAAAGUUUCCAUUAGAGUGGUUAAAAUAUUACUCUGUUUUACGUGUGCUCGAAGAAGUAGUUGCAACUCUCUUGUUUCAAUUAUUGUCCCAUGCAUCUUUUUCUUAUUAAGUUUCCAUUUUAUAUUCUUUGUAUUUCUUUUGGUGAUCUUUUUUUCUGGUGCAGUCAUAUGGGAGAGCUAUUGAUCUGGAGGGCUCAAAAAUCCUUGCACUGAUUGAGAGUGGAAAUAUUCAUAUGAUGCUUGGCUCUUUUAGACAGGAAAGUUUCUGUCCCCUUGUUUCAAUCAUCACAUUUAAUUUUGUGAUAUUGGGUGGGUGAAGCCCAAACCGCAAUUUCACGAGUUUGUAAACAAUUAGUUGCUCAAGAGCAGCCUCUUUCUUAAAUUGAUUUCUGAGCAUAUGCAUUGUUACCUCUACGAAUUCGUUGUGUUAAACGAAACUUUAUAUGUUUGUAUUACCCCCAUGAGAUAUAUUGUGAGCAUGAACGCAAACAAUAUUAUAAUGGCUCUAUGCGUUUCUCUAUGUUUAUCUUGUUAUCUCUAUCUCUGUUCCUUUUCCUCCAUUUGGAACCAGCUCACAAUAUUCUAGCAACUCCCCCCCCCCUUCUUUUCACUAAUAAGGAAGGGAAUGAUCUACUUGUCCUGAGUAAUCAUUACUCUCCCAUACCUACCUAAGGAGUUUCAUGACCGUGCUUGUUCUGGCAUAGGAUACAUCUCUUUUACUACAUAGUAGAUCGUUUAUAAUUGUACGAGCAAUUACUUUUGUAUUCUAGAUGAUCUCAUAUUUAUUUCAUUCAUUUCCUACUUAAACCCGAAAGAGGCGCAUGCAGUGAAUAAAGCCUCUUUUCAUAAUGGCUCGGCUUUUCUGGAUGUCUUGCUUUGGUUUAUCCAGAGUUUUUUAUGAUGUAGCAUGCUGGUACAAUUCUGUUAAGAUAAAAGUGAUUUAUUAUGGUGCUACGUCUUAUUGCAGGGAGUUGAGCAAUUUCGUCGAGCUUUAGAGAUAAGCCCUGCGAAUAUUUCUGGACAUUUUGGCCUUUCUUCUGCAUUGCUUGGGCUAUCGAAGGAGUGUAUCAAUUUAGGGGCAUUUAGCUGGGCAGCUUCACUGCUAGAGGUUCGUUUAAUGCCAUUAAAUGUUAACCCCGUUCCUUUCCUUCCUUUUAUUUUCAAACCAUUCUUGAUAAAAAUGAUAAUCCUACCGAGAUUGUAGGAAGCGUCUGAUGUUACUGAAGCUAGCACCCAUUUAGCAGGCAAUUAUUCAUCUUUAUGGAAGUUGCUUGGAGAUAUUAAGGUUUGUGGAUGAUACUUGUCAUUAUUUUUGUUUCAUACUUGUGCUUUGUUUUCUGUUCUUUUCCUUUUCAUCAUUGACCUUUCUAGUAGCAAUUAGUAUCUCUUCUUCACACUACGAGCCAUAUUUGUUUUCUACUUGUUAGAAAGUGUUCCAUCAGUUACUUGUUGAUGUAUGAUUUCAGCGGAGUUGACUUGCCAGUCUAUUAGCUGCUGUUAAGAAUUUUGUUUGGUAGAAUUUGCCAACGAUUUCUGAACCGUCAUGGAAGAAUUCUAAGAUUUUAGGCAUUGGUCAAACUUUGUCAAGAGCAAUCAAAUAUACGUUAAAAGAAAACUUUGAACGUAACAAAUUUUGCCAAAUGCGGUACUGGUUUCUUCUGUUCUCAGAAAAUAAUAAAAAAUUGCAAGUAUCGGGAGAAACUUGUGUAGUUCCUCGCCCCUUGGUUGAAACUGUUCUUCUGUCAUGUGAGUCCUGCAAAGGACACUCAGAACGAAAUCCUGAUUCAAUGAUAUGCAUGACUUAUUGUUUUCAAGGAAAAGGUGUCGUGGAUUGUAUUUCAUUUGCCAUUUUUGCGACUCUUAGGUUAUGAAUGUUUUUCUGUCCUCGAACUUGUUUAAGACCACCAAUGUUUGAAUACAAUUUAAUUCAUUUGGCAUUCCACUUCUUCAUAUGAAGAAUGUACUCAAAAGGAUGAGAUAAACGAAGUGGUCAAUGCCUUGCCUCUACUCCCAGUGCCCGAGUAAACAAAAAUUUCUGGAAGGAAAUUCGUGGGACCUAUUACAAAUGUCGCUCAGACGAGAAACAUCAUCUUCUGAUGACUGACAGAUGUGCUUAAAGUCUUAUCUCCCACAUUUCUUUCCAUCCUUAGUUGAGUUAAUGGUUACAUUGUUUUUUCUUCUAACCUCUUCUCCUUAAUCUUCUCUCUUUAUUAAUCUUAUAUUAUUUUUUAUCUUUCUUUCUUCUGGUCUCGUCCUCUCUCCAUCUCUCCUUUUUUCCCCCUAAUAGAGAAGCCCGCCCAUACAGUAGCUUACAACAUCGAAACGCAUCAGUCUCUGUGGAAGCAUUUUUGCUAAAAGACUGCUUAAAUUACUACAAAAUCAAAACGUUAUUAACUUUCUAGAACAGGUUUUGUAGAUAAAAGAGGAGAUUCAUGGCACGAGUGACUAGCCAAAUAUCAUGCAUUUGCUCGUCAACUUCGGCUAUCUAGCAUCAAUACAUAAAUUGUAUUCAAAGAUGAUCCACUGCAAGUAGGGUCUGGUCUCAUGAUGACAAUGGACAAGUCUUCGAUUAACGUUAAAACUGUAAAACAAAACUAUCCAAAUCACAUUGAAAGUUAAUAUUGGCAUUAGGUAUAACUAUAACCAUAAACAUUAUUCUGCUAAAGUCUGAAUGCCCUUUGAUCGCACACAGCUGCACUGCUCCCUCCUCAGUUAACCCUCACCAGAUAAUAUAUAGAUAAAAUACGUUAAAGAUAGGUGUUUAAAUAGAUAUGGAUGAUAUUUUGUUAAUAUCUAUUCAUAUUUUUUAUGGUCUGAACAUUCUCAUCUCAACUAUUUGGAUGGUGUAUUGCUCUGAAACAAUGGGCUCUUUUCUAGAUUGCGUUUGCAAAAUGCUUGCCCUGGAUAGAAGACAGAAAAAAUGGAGAAAAUGACCAAGAGUUGUUUGAAACAUCCGUCCAACGUUGGACACGGGCUCGUGUUUUGUCUGUACAAAGUGCUACUCAUGCCUAUCAACGUGCUUUGCACUUGUCACCAUGGCAGGCAAAUAUCUACAGCGAUAUUGCAAAUUCCAUUGAUUUAAUGGAUGCAUUUGAUGAGAAAAUAGGAGCUCCUAUUGAUAUUUGGUAAUGUCUCUUAACGAUUACAUUCUUAUUUUAGUUUUCUACUGUCUGAUAUACUGAUUAUUUUAUUUAUCAGGCAGUUACCUGAGAAAAUGUCUUUAGGUAGCUUGAUGCUUGAAGGAGGAAACAGUGAAUUCUGGGUGUCAUUAGGGUGCUUAUCCCCUGAUAAUCCAUUGAAACAACAUGCUCUUAUCAGGGGAUUGCAGUUGGAUGUAUCUCGUUCUGUAGCUUGGGCAUACCUCGGAAAGGUACACUCUGUAGAUUCUAUCCUGUUUCCCCUGUGGUGUAUCUGAAAUGCUAUUUCACUCAGCUUUACAGAAAAUCAGGUAACGAGCAAUUGUCCAAGAAAUCAUUUGAUCAAGCUAGGAGUAUAGAUCCUACUCUUGCAUUACCCUGGGCAGGAAUGUCAGUUGAUUCUCCUGCCAGGUAGAUACACUUUGUCAUAAUUUCGUCUUUUUAUAGAGGAUAUAUUUGCUAUAUUUCAGUCUUUUAAGGGCUUAAAUUCUGCAGUAACAUGACUUUCAUUAAUUAGUGGGGAGUCAUUAGCAAGCGAGGCAUAUGAAAGCUGCCUACGGGCUGUACAGUUGCUUCCUGUAAGUACUUUUUUUUUUUCAUGAAAACCACCUAAUGUUCCUUUGACGUUGCUCGCCUGGUCUGAUGAGUUAUAUUUUAUAAUCAGUGGCUAGAGGAACCAAAGGCGUUAGAUGCUCGAUAAUAGAGAUCAGGGGUGUUGGUUUCCAGAUUUCUUAAAAGGUUACCAUACAUAAAUCAAAGAUAGUACACAUACAACGAUGAUAUUUUAUAGAGCUAGGUUCUUUGAAGGAAAAAAUCGUUGCUUUAUGGUCAUUUUGGUAUACAAAUAAUGGAAAAUUAACUUCUACCUGCUAUUUUCUUAUCUGUAGUGUUAAUAUUCGUCACAUAAAUCAUUUGAAGUUAUCCUAAAUGAUUGAUUCCUUUCUUGCAUUACAUUUAUUGAAAGCAAUAGUUUAUUUAUGCUUAUUUUAACCUCCAUACAUGGGGCUCGUUUUGCAGCUUCCAGAAUUUCAAAUCGGGCUCGGGAAGCUUGCAUAUCUUUCUGGUCGUCUGGUAUCCCCACAGGUUGUAGCUUUGCUCUUACAAAGUUCGCAUAGGUCAAGCAUGUUCUGAAAAUUAAUGCAUUUGUUAUUUCAUGUUAAUGUUCGAUUGCUAAAUUAACUGCUUCAAAUAUCAACACUUUCUUCCCUAUUGCGAUUGUUUGUCCUUGUCAUAAUCUCAAUAGCAUUUUUAUCUGUUCUCUGCAAUUAUUCGUAGUUUUCUUUUCUCGUGUCGAGAGAAAUUAACAGAUGGGUCUGGUGUAUGGAGGUUUAUGUUCUUUGACUAAGUCCUCUUAGUGACUAAUUGUUUCGAAUAUGAUUCAGGGUGUGUUCCGAACCCUCUGAGCCAAAGAAAACGGAGAAGAUUUUAUGUUUUAUCUGAAAUCCUCUCCCACUUUUGGCAAAUGUGAUGAAAAAGAAAAUAGAAAAGAGGGAACACUUACUUGCGCCAGAGAAAUCAAAGAGUGGGUUAUUUGUAAAUUCCCUUCUUUCUGCCCAUGAGACAAUAAUGAGGGUUGGGGUCACGGGGCUAAGGAGUGGUUUAGAAGAUGAAACACGGGGCUAAGAAGUAUCGGUAUGCUGAUCCUUUGGCAUAUUUUAUAAAGCAAAUUUGUCCUUAACAAAAAUAAAUAAAUAAAUCGAAGAAUUAGCGUUUGUUUAGAUUGGUAGCUCCUGACGACCUAGAUGAGAGGAUUGACUCUGGCUAUUCCAUGAGGCCUAGUGGUGUUUGCUAUCUCUUUACUUCUCGUCCAUUGUCUUUAUCUGGUUGUUCAGGUCCAGAGCUUUUGAUGGAUUAAAUAAUUCAGUUUGUCUCCUCUUUUUAGUGAGAUGCACGUCUUAUUCACUCACCUUUAGUGGUGCCGCUACUUGUACCUGUCUCUGGGACUGGGAAGCAUGUAGGCUAAUUAUGUGUCCUUUCUAUUAUGUUUUUCAUUGCUUGGAUUGCUGAUAUAGAUCUACCGAAACUGUAAUGUAUACAGUAUUGCGCUUUAUGUUUAAGAAAUCUUGGAUCUCUGUCGCUUUGGAUAUUCUGGAUUAUGUCUGAGGAAUUCUGAGGAUGAGUCAGGUUGUUUCAUCUUAAUGAGUGUAAUAUUGAGCAUUUUUCAUUGCUUGGAUUGCUGAUACAAAUCUACCGAAACUGUUAUUUAUACAGUAUUGUGCUUUAUGUUUAAGAAAUCUUGGAUCAUUAUUCCUUUGGAUAUUAUGGAUUAUGUUUGAGGAAUUCUGGGGAUGAGUCAGGUUGUUUCAUCUUAAUGAGUAAAAUACUGAGCUUCCUUCUCGCAUGUUGACCGGAAAUAGUUGUCAUUCAAUGCUUUCAAAAGGAAAGAGAAAAUAAACCUUGGAGUUUGUUGUUCUUCAGGUGCUUGGAGCCAUAAAUCAAGCAGUUCAACGUGCUCCAUACCUCCCCGAGUCUCACAAUCUGAAGGGUCUGUCAUGUGAGGCACGUUCAGAUAAUCAGUCGGCAAUCGUCUCUUACUCGAACGCACUAUACGCAUUGCAUGCCUUCUGCAAGCCAGCCGCGGAGAGUCAGAUUGCUGAUAUAUCCAUAAAUCUCGCAAGAUCACUCUGCAAGGUAAAGCUCUGGGAGAAAAAUGUACUCAGAACUAGGUUACAUAUGUGCACAUAAUUCUAGUACUCAACUCCUGGGAUAUCUUUCUCCACGAAUUUAGUUCAUUAGGAGACUGUUAUUUUUCCCCUUUCUUGUUCUUUCUCCUUGUUGCCCCAACACAUUCAUAACUAUUUCUUUUGAGUGCAGGCAGGUCGGGCCUAUGAUGCUGAACAAGUGUGUGAUAAUCUGAAAACCAAAGGUAACAACACCUGCGAAUUCUAUGUUCAUCUUGGACAAGAACCAUAUAUACAUGCAUCCAUUCCAACUUUAUGCGGACAUCUAUUACGUCCUACUUAUGCCCAUAUCCUAAAUAUCAUGCCUAUGAUUUUAAGCGCUAACAACGAGUAUCCACAAAUUCUGCAGGGCUACUGGACAAUCUUGGUCGUCAGAUAUAUAUUAUUACACUAUGGCAACAGGGAAAGAGAGACCUUUCUCUCACUGAGGCAGCACAUCUGGCGAAGAAUAUCCCAGGCAUGGACCCAUCAUCCGGUGCUGCGGCUCUAGGCUUGAUCUGCAAGCUGGUUUACUGCAGUCUUGGACAAGAUCACGCGGUUAGAACCAUUUUGAAGAGCCCUAGGGAGCUGCUCCAGAGUUCAAAAACUAGCUUCCUUGUUGCCGCACUUUGUGCUCUUGACGCCAGCAGCCCACUUCAAUCGCUUCUCGCCAAGGGCCUUUCAAAGCUUUCUACUGCGGAGAUCAUCGAUAUGCAUUGCCUGACUGCUCUCAGCAAGAUGGUACAGAUACCUACCUUCCUUCUUUAUGCCCAUAACCAGAGAUUUCUUCUGAUGACGGGUUCCAUCCCCCUUGCAGCUGGUGGAUGAGUCUCAUAUCAAUUCUCGGAUCUUAUCCGCGCAGCACCACUUAAAGAAGGCCCUUCACAUGUAUCCUGACAGUGGUUUAAUAAGGUGAAGUCUCUUGUACCCAGCACAUUAUUAAAACCUGACGAGUCUCAUAUGCAUGGCCCUGUGGCUGUUUAAGAUGCUAAUGGCCCAAGAACUAUAAUUUUUUUUUUAUCUCCAUUCCCUUUUGAUGAAAUCCUGCCAUGGCAGGAAGAAACUGGGCUCACUUAUAUUGUCUGGUAAAGAUUGGACGGCUUCUCAUACUGCGGCCAGGUGCAUUCCCUCGCGCGGCCUGCGCUCUGCCAAUGAGGUGAUUGGCUCUGCUAACGUCGCCUGCUGUGGCUCCUCCACUGGGAAACCUAAGCUGUCUUUCUCCACAUGUGGAGGGCUCUCCGUGCCUCUGUCAAAGACCAUACAUCUGCUGCAGAAGUAUGAACUUCAACUGAUGAAAUCAAUGAGAAACUGGCUUCUGUGAGGCUUUGUUAGUAUAUAACCUUCGUAUUUUUCUCUGCGCAGGUGGCUGCAUGAAGAACCUUGGAACCACACGGCGCAGUAUUUGCUUAUCCUCGGCAUCAUGCAGAAGGCCCGCGUAGAGAAAUACCCUCCCCAUCUUUGUCUGGCUGUCAGGCGGCUGCUUUCUUCUGCUUUAGCCCGUGAGAUCUACUCCACGGGGGAGAAGCAGCACCAGCUGUAUCAGAAAUUCCAGCUUCUGCUCUGUUCUUCGGAGAUCUGCUUACAGACCGGGGACCACCGUGGCUGCAUUGGCCGAGCCACCGAGGCGUCGAGGCUUCCAGUCUCCUGCGACGGCCUCUUCUUUGCCCACCUGCAGCUGUGCCGUGCAUAUGCAGCCCUCGACGAUCUGCAGAACAUCAGGGGAGAGUACCUGAAGUGCUUGCAGCAGGAAACCCGCCACGAGAUCGGCUGGAUAUUGCUCAAGCAUCUUGAAUCCAGGCACAGGUUGCGGAGCAGUGACGAAGAUGGCGGGAUUGAUGUGAACUUCGCAGCGUGUUUGAAGGGGAACGAGCAGUCUCGGCAGAUGUGGGCAGCCGCCUUCGAUCUGGUCUGCGCUCAGAGCUUCGUCUGGGAUGAGGAUUUCCUCCUCGCCGAGCAAACCUUGGCUCGUGCUUGUUCGUUGAUGAGUGCGGAGAGUUGCCUUCUUCUUUGUCACGGUGAGCGGCUCCCUCACAGUGGCCAAACCAGCAUAGUACCUUCUUCUACGAUCUUCCCCUGUUUUAAUGGAAGUGAGCUUUGCGUUCAUUGUAGGCGCCGUCUGUAUGGAGCUCGCGAGGCGGCAAGCGGGUCCCCGAUUUCUGUCGCUGGCCAUACGGAGUCUCACCAGAGCUCAGGAGACCUCCGCUGCUCCUCUACCUGUUGUUUCCGCUUUGCUGGCUCAAGCUGUGGGGAGCUCCGCCGCAAAGGAGAAGUGGGCGAAGAAUCUUCAGUCCGAGUGGUUUUCCUGGCCAGCAGGUUUCUUCUCAGAGAUCUCUCUGGCUGUUCUUGGCUUGCCUUGCGUAAAAUCUCUCCUCUCAGGGUUGUUUCUGGUGGAUUCUUCGCAGAGAGGAGACCUCCGGAGGUGUACUUCCAGAUGCACCUCCUCCCGGAGGUUCAUGAUGCGGAGCCGUCCCGAAGCCGAGGGAGCUGGGUCCUCCGAUCGAUCCACAUGAACCCCUAUUCUCAGAGAUACUGGAAAGCAUUGCGGAAGCUGAUGGAGGGAUGA